GAAGCAAAAAAGGCAUCUCUCUCCCUGUUUCUGAGAUUUUCUUCGGCUUUUUCGUCUGCCUCUGUGUCAUUCUUAUCUCAGAUCCCGAAGAAAGUUUCCUCAUCGAUUCAAAGUUUGUGUGUUUGAUUGUUUUUCGAUGGGUUCUUCGUCGGGGCAACCAGAAUUUGAUUACUUGUUCAAAGUCUUAUUGAUCGGAGAUUCUGGUGUUGGGAAAAGCUCUCUCUUGUUGAGUUUCACAUCUAAUACCUUUGAUGACCUUUCUCCCACUAUCGGUGUGGAUUUUAAGGUUAAGUAUCUUACCAUUGGAGAGAAGAAACUGAAGCUUGCCAUUUGGGAUACAGCUGGGCAAGAGAGGUUUAGGACGCUAACAAGUUCAUAUUACAGAGGAGCUCAGGGCAUAAUAAUGGUGUAUGAUGUGACACGACGAGACACAUUCACAAAUCUAUCAGAUAUAUGGGCUAAGGAAAUCGACCUGUACUCGACCAAUCAGGAUUGCAUCAAGAUGCUUGUUGGGAAUAAAGUCGACAAGGAGAGUGAAAGAGCCGUCUCUAAAAAAGAAGGCAUAGACUUUGCUCGGGAGUACGGAUGUUUGUUUCUGGAGUGUAGUGCAAAGACUCGAGUCAACGUUGAGCAAUGUUUCGAAGAGCUUGUUCUUAAGAUCUUGGAAACGCCUAGUCUUACUGCUGAAGGUUCGUCUGGAGGGAAGAAGAACAUCUUCAAACAAAACCCAGCACAAACAAGCAGUGCUUCUUCAUCUAGCUACUGCUGCUCUUCUUAGACACGGCUUUUUGGUUUAUGACAUAAAGUACACUCUUGCUCGUCUUCUUGUUCUCGGUUUCUGUUUCCCAAAGAUUAUAUGCAACAUCCUGGAUGUAAAAAUCUUAACCCUAAUUUCAAAGUUGUGAUCCCUGGUUUUCUAGUC